AUGUCGCGAUUUCAGAGCCUAUUUAAGCCUGAAUUGUCAGAAUUAGGUAUAGCGUGGCCAGAGGUUCAGGCACAAACAAUCACAUAUCCUCCUUCUUUGAUACAGCUGAUUCAAAAUAAUCUGUUUCAUGGUCUACUAAAUGAAGACCCAUACGCACACCUGGCCACUUACAUUGAAAUAUGCAAUACCAUUCGGCUGGCUGGUGUGCCGGAAGAUGCAAUCAGAUCGAGUUUGUUUUCGUUUUCACUAUUAGGAGAAGCUAAGAGGUGGCUUCAUUCUUUUAAAGGGAACAGUCUGAUGACCUGGGAUGAAGUUGUAGAUAAGUUUUUAAAGAAAUAUUUCCCUGAGUCGAAGACUGCAGAAGGUAAAGCCGUCAUCUCUUUCUUCCACCAAUUUCCAGAUGAAUCAUUGAGUGAGGCCCUAGAAAGAUUCAGAGGCUUGUUAAGAAAAACUCCCACUCACAGUUUUUCAGAACUGAUGCAACUCAAUAUCUUUAUAGAUGGGUUAAGACCACAAUCUAAGCAGCUUCUUGAUGCUUCAGCUGGGGGUAAAAUCAAGAUGAAGACUCUUGAAGAAGCAAUGGACCUUAUUGAAAACAUGGCUGCUAGUGAUAUUGCCAUCUUAAGAGAUAGAGCCCACAUCCCAACCAAGAAGAGCUUAUUGGAGCUUACAUCACAGGAUUCAUUGUUGCAGGAUGUACAAUCCGUGGUGGAGCUCAUGACUCUGGAUGUUGUAUCCCUAGUGAAGAACCAAUUAUUCAACUACAUGGGGAAUCAGCCCAAAAAUACUUUUAAUGAAGGAGGAUUUACCGGAUUCCAAAAUGGCCAGCAAUACCAACAACAGAGACAAUGGCAGAACCACCCUGGCAAUCAAUUCAACAGAGACCAGGGUGGACCGUCCAAUAGGCCUCAGCAGCAAGUGCCUAGUCUCUAUGAGCAUACCACGAAGUUGGAAGAGACUCUAGCUCAGUUUAUGCAGGUUUCAAUGUCUAACCAGAAGAGCUCGGAGUCCGCCAUUAAGAAUCGGGAGGUCCAAGUGGGCUAG